AUGGAAGAGGAGAUAUUAUCAGCACGUCAUAGGAAGGAGAAGAAGGAUUUGCAGAACCAGAUUACUGGGCUGAAAAAGCAGAGUACUAAGAGGACUCGCAAGCAGGUCAAUGCAAGAUGCGAAGAACUAACGAGUGAACUAGAGAAAAGACAUGUCGAAGAAUUGAGGCAGUUCAGAAUAGCACAGGGUAUCGAAAUAGCUGGAGAUGGAGACGAGCAGGAAGAAGAGGUAACACCUGAGAAGUUGUUAGAGCAAAUGUCUCUUGAGAAAAAUGGCAAUGAUGAAGAAUCGGUACCUAAGCCAUUGGAAACAGAAGUAGAAUCGAGGCCUGGUAAACGUAUGAAUAGACGGAAACAGCGAUUGGCCAAGGCACAGAGGGAUGCGGACAGGAUUCGGGAAGAAGCAUUGGCGGAAGCAGCCAUGCAGCCAGAUUUGAAGGGGAUGGAGGAAGAAGUUCUUGAGAAGGUUUGCGAGCUGAAUGGUUUAACGCAAGUAGAAAUCCAGCCGGAUGGGAAUUGUCUGUUUGCUGCUAUUCUUGACCAACUAAGAAUAAGACACAACAAUAUAGAUGGUGGUGUAUCAUACUACUACCCGGAAAGUUACGAAGGCCCGAAAUGCAUUGAUUCUUUGGGAAUAUCCGAUCUGCGUUCUCUUUCUUGUUGUUACGUUCGUGAACAUCGUGAUGACUUUAUACCGUAUUUGUUUGAAGACAACGAUACCACGACAGAUAUCGAAGUGUAUACUGAAAAGAUGGAAACCACAGCAACUUGGGGUGGUGAAAUUGAGCUUCUAGCGUUGAGCCAUGUGUUUCGAUGCUGUAUUAGCGUGAUGAUUAGUGGGGGAUCUACACUUAAAAUCAAUGAACAUGAGAUGGCGAACGCCGAGUUGAAAAUAAUCUACUACAAACAUAAAUAUGCGUUAGGCGAGCAUUAUAACUCUCUGCAUGAUGUUUAA